AUGUCCGACAAGAGAACCACCGAGAAGGUUGGCAACACCAAAUGGGGCAAUGAGCCUCAUGAAGCCCUCGCCGUGGGCCUCUACAAUGUUCUGAUCGCCCAAGGCGUUAGCCUGGCUAACAGCAAGGACAUUGUGGUCGAUACCAUGGCUCACAUGGGUUCGCCUUUCACUUGGGAGGCUAUCCGCCCUGCAGUAGUCGAGUCGAGUCGAGAUCCUCGUUGGCUAGUGCCAUAA